CGCAUCGUCCUCUUCUGUUCAACAGUAAGAAUCACGCCUUAGGUUAGGGUUUGCUGCUGCUGCUGCUUUUUUCAGAAUGACGAAGAGGACCAAGAAGGCCGGUAUUGUGGGCAAGUAUGGCACCCGUUAUGGUGCAAGUUUGCGAAAGCAAAUUAAGAAGAUGGAAGUGAGUCAGCAUAGCAAGUUCUUCUGCGAGUUUUGCGGGAAGUACGCAGUGAAAAGAAAGGCUGUGGGUAUCUGGGGAUGCAAAGACUGCGGCAAAGUUAAAGCAGGAGGUGCUUACACCUUGAAUACUGCUAGUGCUGUGACUGUCAGGAGUACCAUUCGAAGACUUAGGGAGCAAACUGAGAGUUAGUUGCGUCGAUGAUAUUAUUUCUAUGGAUUUGGCUUAUGUAAUUUUUGAUCUGAGAAAUGUUUUGUUUUUAUAUGUCUGGAUAAUAUAUUUGAGGAGCUUCUGACAUUAAUUAAACAAAUUUGAUGUUUUUGA